AUUUCACAUAUAAAUAUCGUCUUCUAUCGCACGAAAACCCUUCCGGAAACAUUGCACCAUCUCGAACACCAUGUCGGCGAAGCUUUACGACGUCCUCAUCAUCGGCGGCGGGCCUGCCGGCUUGGCCAUGGCUACCGGCCUUGCCCGUCAGCUGUAUAUUGCCAUAGUUCUUGACUCGGGAUCGUAUCGGAAUGCGCGAACAAAGUACAUGCACAACGUCCUUGGGUUCGACCACACAGACCCGGCCGACUUCCGAGCCAAGGCCGAGGCGGACCUGCUGAAGCGCUAUGAGACCAUCGAGUUCAAGUCUGCGACCAUCGACUCGGUCCAUAAACUGGAUGCGGGCGUGUUUGAGGCUGUUGAUAGCGAGGGUAUCGUGUACCAGGGUAGGAAGUUGGGCUUGGGAAAUUCGGGAUGUCAUGGAGGAUCAGCCCGAGGGAUAUGAGGAGUGCUGGGGACGUGUUGCCAGCUCAGGCUCUUCAUUGAUAAACGGUCUAGUGGUGGGCAAGUCGAAUAUUUUGUGAGUUGGACGGGACGUCCUAAAAUGAGGCCUCAUGGGUCCAGGAUUCUACGAUAAGUUGGCGAUCCAGCCAACAGCCUCAUCGGUGAAGCCACGGUACAUCCAUCGACCCGGAACGGGCAAGAUUAGGGCAGUGGGCCUACUUUACAGGGAUUCAGCGGCUUCAGCGUCGAGGUCCUCGUCGCCUGCAUGGUGCAAGGCAAGGCAGGGGCUUCAGGCAGCCGUC